UUGAGUCUAUGCUGGAGAUUGAGACAACAAGAGAGUGUUAGCUCAGUUUAAAGCCUUCAGAAACACAUGGACUGAAUAAUAAGACCUGGGACACGAAAUAAACAUAACAGGCCUGUAUCCGCUUUGACAGUUUCUCUAAGAAAGAAUCAUAAUAUCCUGACGGUCGCUGGAUGAUCUCUAGCUCUCCUAAUAAUCGGUCGCUAUGGAAACUGGGCUAACAAAAGUUGUCCAGUCUUUGUGAAACACUGAAUGAACAUGUACUUAAAUGUAAAACUGCUUUUUAAUAUAUAUUAAAAUAUUUUAGUUAUUAGAUGACUAUAGUUCUUUGCAUUCUGUCAGAUUUGGUCUGCAUUGUAAUAUUAACAUAAAGCAAAAUAAACUGCUAUGUUAGCAGAAACGUUUUAGCAGUCGAGGUGGUUUAGGAUGAGAUUCGUAUUCGCUGGCAUCAGAUAAUAUUAAUAACCCAUGAGAAUAAAAUGAAAAGAGGGGAUCAGAUGCGCAAACGAUCUCCAACAGCGGAAUCCAAAUGUUCCGAGACCCUCCUGAGCAAACCUGUGCCCCCAAACGGCAUCUCAUGGUCGGAGACUGAGGCUGGAGGUCCUCGAGAAGAUCCCAGUGAUGAGGACAAAAGGCAAUAUAAGGGGACGCGAUACAUCACAGAAGACCUGAUCAGGAGAUUGACUAAAUGUGAAAAUUUAGUCCUUUUGCGGAGCCUGGAUUUGUCUAUGCCUACAGGAAGUGACAAACAAUUUAGAUAUAUUGAAAAUUUGGAUAAGUGUGAGCGCUUACACGUUCUCAACCUCAGUAACAACAGGAUCGAGAGAAUUGAGAAACUAGAGAAACUAUGUCAAUUACGGGAACUCCACCUUUCCAGUAACAGGAUACGAAAAAUUGAAGGUCUAGAGCACAUGACAAACCUUCAGGUUCUGAAUUUGGCCUUCAACAGCAUUGAACAUCUUCCAGUUUGGAUGGCAAAGAAGCUCAGAUCUCUUCAUACUAUAAAUCUACAGAGAAACAAGAUAUUCUCACUUCAUGAGAUAACUAAACUGAAGCCCCUGAAGAACCUGACGAGUCUGACAUUAGCAGAAAAUCCCAUCUCCAGCCUGUCCCAUUAUCACCUCUUCCUAAUCUUCCAUCUGAGGUCACUGGAAAUGUUGGAUGAACAACCAAUCAGUGCACAGGAAAGAGAGCAAGCACAUCAACGCUUUCACAUGGAGGAAGUGGAGCGUUUGGAGCAAGAGCUGGAGGUAAGAGCUGAAGAGAUUGCACAGCUUCUGAGAGAGCGGACCACAGCCCUGGAAGAACUAGAGCGGCGGGAAACGCUCAACCAAAACCUGAGGCAACAGCAUCAGGAACAACAACGGAGCCGUGAGGAACUCCGGAGAGAACUUGACACCAAAUCUGAACUGACAAUUUCCUGUUCAGCUCUCUCUUCUCACUCCAUGCUUUUGUCACCUGCUGUAAAGCUGAAGCAGAAAACAGUGGAGUUGACCCGGGCCUGUCAGAAACACUAUGAGCUUGAGCAGGAGCUGGCUUUCCACAAAAUAGAUGCCAAGUUUGAACCUCUUCCGUUUUAUCCAGAUACUGAGGUGGAGGUGAAGAACAUUUCUAGCGAGAGUCCAUACAUAGGAAAGUCUCGUCAGAAAAGAAACAUCACAUUUCCAUCAGAGACGGAUAGCAAGGGUGCACAAAACCAGCAGCAGCCUGCCUCAGCAGACCUGACUGAGACAGACACCCCAGGAGAACAUGCUCAGCUUAGAGCUGAGGAGCGAUUACAGCAGUUGCAUAAAGAAAUUGAGGCAAAAGAGCAGCAGAUCCUUAAAGCCAGUGAAGAGCUCCGGCAGCUAGAGGAGACAGUUUCUCAGAGACGGAUCUGUGAGGCUGAGAAAGAACAGCUCAGGCAGGAGCUUCAGAGGAGGAUACAGAGGCUGGGAGAGAUGAGAGGAGAGAUGGAGGCUAUGGAGAGGCAGCUGGACAGGCUGAAUGCUGAGAGGAACCAAGCCCAGGAGGAAAUGGAGCAGCUGCAGAAUCUCCUGCACAGCCUGGAUCCCAGUGACCCCAGACAUGCCCAUGUAAAGACUCAGUUGUCCAAGAAGACACAGCUGCUGGCCAUCAUGAGCAGAAAGCACCAGGAACUGGAGAGCAGGCUGGAUGACAUGAUCACGCGCAUCCACAAGGAGACACAGGAGAUAAAAGAACUAGAGCAACAACUUACUGAUGGUCAGAUCGCUGCUAAUGAAGCACUCAAGCGUGAACUGGAGGGCAUCAUCGCAGGUCUCCAGGAGUAUCUGCAGGGGGUGAAGGACCAAGCACGAAGAGCCAAGUUAGACUGCAGGCGUCUGCAGAGGGAGAAAGAUGCUCUGCAAUGCCUCCUGUGUGAGAAGGAGCAGCAAUGCACACAGCUGCAGAAAGAAGCUCUGAGUGCUAAAAGCGCACAGGAGGAGCUGCAGCAUCAGCAGCAGGAGUUGGAGGAUCUGAGGAAGGAGAAUGAAGAGCUGAAGCAGGCUCAGGGGCAGGUCAGUGAAUAUGAGGCAGAGCUGGAGGCUCAACUGCAAGAGAGAGAUACUGAGGCCACACAGCUGAAGGAGGAGCUGGGCAGACUGCGUCGACUUAAUCAAAUGGAGCACUCUGCACUGCAGGCAGAGUUGCAGAAAGAAAGACAGGCAAAAGAGAACGCUUUGGCACAGAUGCAGAUGACUGCCGACAGAGAGCUUGAGAACACAGAGCUUCAGCAACAGGUCAACGCUCUCCAGGAGGAAAGAGACAGUUUUAAGGAGAAGGUGGAUGCUCUUCAGUGUGAUUUGGAGCAGGUUAGGGAGGAGCUGCUUUGCCCGGAAAGUGUGGCUAAACAUUUAGGAGAGCUGAAAAGAGCCAUAGCUACAGGACAAGAAAUACUAAGCUUUGAAGACCUUGGAGAACCAGUGAAUAAGAAAUUCAUGGAGCUACAACAGGAGGUGCAUCAUGUGGUAUCUGCUGCUCAGAGAGAUAGAGACAAGGCCCACCGCUGUCAGGAGAGACUUGCUGGAGAGAUGAGUUCCCUCACAGAGAGACUCAGGAAGUACCAAGAAAGAUACCAGGCUCAGCAGGCAGCAGAGAGACGAGGUGAGGAGGUGGAGCUCCAUAGAUUGAGGAAGGAGCUGGAAGAUGCUCAUGCGCAGCAGUACUUGAUGCUGCAGCGUUUAGAGGAGACGGAAAUGGACAGAGACCGUCUUCUUGCUGAAUUAGAAGAACAAGAUAAACAGGUGAAGGCUGAAGAGAGCCAGACUCAGGAGCAGCUAGAAUCUCUCAGUCUGGAGUUGCAGGCGCUCAGGAGCUCUUUUUACUCUGCUGACAGAAUGGCUGCCCAACAACUGACUGCAGCAAAGGACAAACUUCACUCUCUUCAUAGCACUAUAGAGAAAAUACAUCAGGAGAGAGCAGUGAAUGCAGAGGAGUUACAAAGCACCAGGAUCCAGGCUGCCCAGGCCAUUCAGGACUUGACCAGUGCUGAAGCAGAAAUCGAGGUUCUCCAGAAGCUUUUGAUAGAUAGGGUUCAUGAGACAGAUGGGAAUCUCCACAGUGUCCCAAACUCUAAUAUUCAACAGCAAGAAUUGGACAGAUUAAACCAAGCCUUGAAAAGACAACAGGCCCAAACCAAACGUCUCAGAGAUCAACUAGCACAAGCCAAAGAAGCUAACAACGUAAAUCUAGAAGAGCUUCUGGAAGAGAUUGGAGCACUAAAGGAGACUCUUCUAAAGCAGAAUAACUUCCUGUCCAGUUUAGGAGAUCCCCUGCCAAACACAGGAUGUUGGUACUAUGUCCCGUCAAAUCAAAAUGCCCCUAGUUUUGGAUCUCAGGGCACACAAGACUCAGGACUGGGCUCUGUGCACCCACAGACCCCUGAGAGAGGCCGGCGGUCUGGCCACAGAGCACACAGGGACAGAAGACCUGUUAAUGGAGGAUACUGGAUCUAUUCCCCCCAUCCGCACACUCAUGGAAAGAGAGAUGCACAGAUGUUCAGAGACAGUGGGAGAGAGAGUGAUAUAGAGGGGGUGUCUGGGACACACUUCAUGCCUCCAUCAGUCUCUGCAGGAUUUACUCUACCUGAUGGUACUGCUUUUCCUCCUGGUUCAUUUAUCUACAGUUACCCUGUGCCUGGACUUCCCAUUGGCUCAAGUACAGUCCUCUAUGGGCCGCCCCCUGAUGGAGCCCGGCUGAUGUAUGGACCUCCUGCCAGCAAUCUGACUAUUCCUCUGGUGCCCAGUACGACGCUGCACUGUAAUGUGCCUGGACAUCAGGACUUGGAGCGAGAUCUGAAGAAGGCAGAGCGUAGGCUGAAAGAGGAAUGCGCUGAUAGAGCUCACAGUGAUAAAGAACAGCAAGCACUUCAAGAAAAAACAGCAGACCUAAAGCGGGAAAUCAAACGCCUGCGCAGGACUGUCCACACACUGCAGCGCCACACGAGUGGGCUGGAAAGCUCCUUAUCACAUGCAGAGGAGGAGCAGUGUGUGCUGGGAGAGGUGGAGUGUGUGGAGAAGACCCUGCUGAAGCGCAGAGUGGAGCUCAGAGAGGCUGACCGGCUGCUGCUAGAGGCUGAGACAGAGCUCAGAGAAACUCGAGCCAAGACUAAAGAGAGCAUACAGCGCCACAAUGAGGCUAGGAGGCGAGUGAAAGAGACCGAACGAGAGCUGGUGGAGAUGGAACAGAGAGCUCAAGACGGUGCCACACAGCUGGUGCAAACCAAACAACAGCUCAGGAAUCUUCAAGAGGAGGUUAAGGAGCUGCAGAAAAGUAAACAGGACCGAGAACAAACUCUACAUGAAGUACAGGAGGUCCUCGCGUGUCAAGAUGCAAAGUUUCAAGAAGUCAACAGAAGGUUGGAGAGAGCGACUGACAGGCUGGAAACAGCUGAGAAAGAGCUCAGAGAGACCCAGAGCCUGGAGGUGAAACUCUUGCAGAGCUGCAGAGAGACAGAAGACUGUCUAGCACAACACAGAAGAGAGCUGGACCAAGUCAGCGCUCAGGUGGUGUUGCAGCAGGAGGAGCUGUCUUUGCUGGACAGGAAGCUGGAGCAGUGGAAAAGGGAGGAGGAAGUAUUGAGAGUUAGUGUGGAGAAACACAGGCAGGGGCUGUUGGAUGUGCUCAGACAGGGGGAGGAGGAUGCAAAACUCUUAUGCCAGCGCAUUCAGGAGCUCCGUGUGGAUGUGCAGUCUCUGGCCGUGCAGAAGGGAGAGCUGGACUCUCAGCUGUCCGAGAAGAAAAACAGACUGGCACAGUGUAAGAAAGAGCAGCAGAAGGAGGAGGAAACCCUGCAGAACCUCCAUUCAGCCAUCAAAAAACAUAAAGCAGAGCUGAAGCACGUGUUGGAAAUGGUCCAGUUGGAGACAGGGGAGCUAGAGGGUUUGAAGCUUCAGCAUAACCAGAAACUGGACCAGCUAGAGAGGAGCCAGGAAACUCUGCUACAGGUGCGUGUAGAACUGCAGCGCGUGCAGCAGGAGCUACAGGAGCAGCGUGGGGAGGCUGAGAGACAGAUGAACCUGCUGGAGAAAGAGAGAGCCGAGCUGCAACAGAAAAGCCUCGACCUGCAACAGCAAACAGACACAGCAGUCCAAGAGAGGAGCGGCCUGCAGGAACAGUGCAGAAACCUGGAGGCCAGACGGACACAUGCUCAGAGGAGUUUGGAAGCAACAGAGACGAGGGCGAGGACUGCACAAACAGAGCUGCUUAGACUACAGACUGAGCUGGACAUACUGAAACAGAGCCAGAAACACGCACACAAUAAGCAUCAGGAGAUCAGCAGGGACACAGCAGCCCUGCAGCAGCAGCAUGAGGAGGAGUUGAGCAGAUUGAAGAAACAGCUGGUGGAAUCUCAGACUCAGUUAGAUGAGAUCAGAGAGGAGGUGAAGGCUGCGAGAAGGCAGCGGGAAGAGCUAGUGAAGCAACUGAAGGAGCAAAAGGCUGAACUGCAGGAGAAAGAGGAGAAGAUCAAGAGGAGACAACAGAAGCUGGACAGACUGGGUCAACAGCUGCAGGAGCUCAAGGGAGAAGUAGUCAUGAAACAGACACAGCUUCAAGAACAUGAAAAGCUGAUGAGAGUUCAGCAGCAGCAGAGCACUGAUCUGGAGCAGCAGCACAGGCUGAAGCAGCAGAAGCUGCAGGCAGUAGAAAGCGCUCUGGGCCUCAGGCUGCACCAGAUGGAGCAGGUCGCAGCCGCAGAAAUGGUCCUGCAGAGGGAGCACAAACAAGAGCAGAUGGAGAAACUAGUGCAGGAGGACUCCAGACUCCUGCAUACGGUUGAGGAGACCCAUCGCCUGCAGGAGGCUCUGCUGUCUGACAGGACCAGCGCUGAGGGAUGUCAGGAGGCCCAGAGGAACCACAGCCGCACAAACAGGCAAAAACUGCAGGGAGUGGAAAAGCUGCAGAGCCAAGAAGAGGGCAGCACUCAGCUACAUGAGAUCGAGGUCAGCGUGCACUCUCUGAGGUCCCAGCUGAGAGCAGAGCUUGACAAUCGGCUGAGGGAGCUGGAGUCGCCCUCUAGUGCCUCCUCAGACACAGACAGCCUGAAAGAGAACCGUACUGGUGUUACACUAUCUGUGAGGAACCCAGCAUACAACACUAAGGAUGAACAGUGGCGAGGUGAAGCGCUGCGGGAGAGACUGAGGCAGCAGGAGGACCACUUGAAGGUUCAGCUGCGCAGACGCAUGUUCUUCCAACAGGAAGCUCUGAGUCAGCGCAGACUGCAGACUGAAGGCAGCAUUCAGGGUCUGCACAGACAUGUCGACAAACUGGACCAGCUCCUCAGCAACUCUUCCAAAGACUCCUAUUAUUUAGAUGAGCAGGAAGUUCUGCUAAAACAUGCCAAUGUAACUGAUCAAAAACAAUGCUCCACUGACCCUUUUGUAUUGACAUGAGCAAAUAUUUGCAUUUGCAGAAACGUAACAAAGCAGCAUAUAUAAAGGAGGAACUAACUUCUAUUAUUUCUGUCAGAUUAUGAAAGCAGGUGGUUAAAGAGGAGCACAGAUCUUAUCAGAGGAGCAGCUCGAUUAAACCCACUUCUGUUCCUGCUUCAGUUAGAGUGGAGUCUGGAUGUGUUUCAGUCAAAAAAAUAGGCUGGCCUCAGCACUUUCCAUAUACAAAUAAGGAAACUGAAACUUGAGGUAAAAAAUAAGAUGGUGGAAGUUUAAUCUCUACCUCUGAUUUGUUCUUGUUGCUUUAUGAAAUUUUUAACACAGAUAUGUGCCUUCUCAACUUUUGCUCAUGUUAAAGUAGACAGUGUCUUGUGAAUGUUUUGCGAGUGUUUACAGGUGAAACAGAUGCAGGCAUGUUUCAUCAUGUGAGGAUGUGCACUGGAAUGAAUGAGUUCAUUUUUACAUGACUGUUGUCAAAAAUGACCUUGUAUUCAAAGCCAAGAUAUGCAGAGUAUUUAUUACAGUACUUUUCUUUGUAUACAGUUUGUCUCGAAUUAAAUACAACUUAAAUUAAGUGUGCAA